GCACAAUUGAGCCAGCACGCGAAUCUACAGUUUCCUUUGUAAAAUGACCAGCAUCUCGUUACUCUUCUUUAUUCCACAGCAUGAAUAUAUCACUCACUCUCACUCGAUCAUUCCUCCGUUGUCCUUCCUCCUCGUCUCCGACGACCUUUCAAAAUCCUAAACCCUUCAAUCCCCACCCAUCAAACUCCACACUCUUCUUCAAUCGAUCAUCCUCAUCUUCUUAUUCGCGAAUCGCACUUUCACAUGGCGCUUGUAAAACUAGCAAUCUCACACUGGUUCGACUUGGGGAUUCUGCGAGAGAUGCUCAGUUCUUCGCCGGAGAUGAACAAGAAGAAGAAGAAGAAGAAGAAGAACAAGUGGUGAAGGAGCCGAGUUUCUUCGAUUUCGUCAGUUCGGAGAGAAUGAAGGUGGUGGCGAUGAUUGCCUUGGCUUUGGCACUCUGUAAUGCGGAUCGAGUUGUUAUGUCGGUCGCCAUUGUUCCUCUCUCACUUGCCAACGGCUGGCGUCAAUCUUUCGCCGGCGUUGUCCAGUCAUCCUUUCUCUGGGGUUACAUGAUAUCACCAAUUGCUGGGGGGACACUUGUGGACUAUUAUGGCGGUAAGGUAGUCAUGGCAUGGGGUGUGGCUUUAUGGUCACUGGCCACCUUUCUUACUCCUUGGGCUGCAGAAACUUCUUUAUGGGCAUUACUUGCUAUGCGAGUUUUGCUUGGCGUUGCAGAAGGCGUGGCUCUUCCUUGCAUGAACAAUAUGAUCGCAAGAUGGUUUCCUCAAACAGAACGAUCGAGGGCUGUUGGUCUUGCAAUGGCUGGAUUUCAGCUUGGAAGUGCUGUUGGACUCAUACUUUCUCCAAUCCUUAUGUCACAGGGCGGUGUAUUUGGACCAUUUGUGAUAUUCGGAUUGUUUGGAUUUUUUUGGGUUCUGGUAUGGCUAUCUGCAACAUCAAGCACUCCUGAUCGAAGCCGCCAAAUAUCAAGUUACGAGUUGGAGUACAUACAAAGCAAUAGGCAAAAGUCCUUUGUGAUGGAUAAUAAAUUGAAGACCGCAAAAAUGAUUCCUCCUUUUAGGCGCUUGCUUUCUAAGCUGCCAACAUGGUCCCUAAUUGUUGCAAAUUCCAUGCAUAGCUGGGGAUUCUUUGUUAUUCUUUCAUGGAUGCCUAUAUAUUUUAAAACAAUAUAUCAUGUUGACCUCAGACAAGCAGCUUGGUUUAGUGCUGUUCCAUGGAGUAUGAUGGCAUUGGUAGGCUACUUAGCUGGUGUUUUGUCAGACAUGUUAAUACAAAGUGGCAUGACUGUCACUUUAACUCGCAAAAUCAUGCAGUCAAUUGGUUUUGUUGGUCCUGGGAUUGCUCUCAUUGGUCUAACCAUGGCAAAGCGCCCAUCAAUAGCAUCUGCUUGGCUUACUUUAGCUGUUGGGCUAAAAUCAUUUAGUCAUUGUGGGUUCCUUGUGAAUCUUCAGGAGAUCGCGCCACAGUAUUCUGGUGUUCUACAUGGUUUGUCAAAUACCGCAGGGACAUUUGCUGCUAUUGUGGGAACAGUUGGAGCUGGUUUCUUUGUCGAAUUAGUGGGUUCUUUCCAGGGAUUUUUGUUGUUGACAUCACUGUUGUAUUUUUCGGCUGCUCUAUUCUAUAACUUAUUUUCUACAGGAGAGAGAGUCAAUUUUGAUGAAACUGGUUAGAUCAUCAUCUACAAGUGUGAUAAUUUUCCAUUGCUACUUAUUAUAAAGGGACACAUUUUUUUAUGAAUGAAAUAGUAUGUCGUAAAUCCCAUGUAAGUUAUUGUA